CCCUCAUUUCACCAUUGCUACAAACACAAGCUCUACUGUGUUUACUAACAUAAAUCCAAUCAAGUUUCAAUUCAAAGAGGAAAGAUGGCGCAAUACGGAAGGCAGACCGACGAGUACGGCAACCCCAUCCGCCACACUGACGAGUACGGCAACCCCGUCCAACGCCCCGGCGGAGGCACUGACCCUUACGGAGCCACCGCCGGAGAGUACGGCACUCACACCGGCCAUGGAACCACCGCCGGUGAGUACGGCACUCACACUGGCUAUGGAACUACUGCCGGAGAGUACGGCACUCACGGCGGUGGGAUUACCCAUGGCACCGGCACCGGCGGACAGUACGGCACUCACGGAACCGGCGUAGGGCUGACUCAUGGGACCACUGGCACAGGUGGAGGGAUGACUCAUGGUACCACGGGCACCACCGGAGCGUAUAAGACUGAUCAGUACGGCGCCACCGGCACCACUGGGGCUUUUGGCACUCACGGUGUAGGAGCUCCGGGGACCACCGGAGCUUAUCCCACUCAUGGUGGUGCAGGCCUUGGUACUGGUAUGGCCACAGGCGGCGCCCACCACCGCCGCUCCGACAGCUCCAGUAGCUCGGAGGAUGAUGGGCAAGGUGGGAGAAGGAAGAAGGGGAUUAAGGAGAAGAUCAAGGAGAAGCUUCCUGGCGGCAAGACCACGGAGCAGCAGCAUGGCUACGGCACAACCGGCACUGGAACAGGCACCACUGGAGUGGGGUACGAGCAAGAGCAUCAUGAGAAGAAGGGAAUCAUGGACAAGAUCAAGGAGAAGCUUCCCGGCCACCAUUGAACAUAUAUAUACAUAUAUAUAUACAUGAAUAAUGCAGUGUAUGCGUAGUAGCCAUAAUAAGCCAUUUCUCGAGGAGUGGCCUCUGUGUGUGACAUAUAUACUGGAGUAUUAUCACCUUUUACUUUCCAAA